AUGACCAAGAGCUUCUACCCCCAGACCAUCAGGCUGCAUCAUGACCAAGACUUCUACCCCCAACCAUCAGCUGCAUCACGACCAAGAGCUUCUACCCCAACCAUCAGCUGCAUCAUGACCAAGAGCUUCUACCCCCAGACCAUCAGUGUGUGUGUGUGUGUGUCAGCGCUGGAUGCGUCUCUGGAGUUUGUGCAUCAGGCAGCGGUGCCCAGCUCCUGGAGGACAGAGGUGAAGGACGAGAGUUCCAGCAGUGAGGAAGAUGACAAUGAGGAAGAACAGGAGGAAGACGCCAGCGAAGAGGAGGAGGAGGAAGUGGAACCGUUCCCUGAGGAGAGAGAGAACUUCCUGCAGCAGCUGUACAAGUUCAUGGAGGAUAGAGGAACCCCCAUCAACAAGAAACCGGUACUGGGCUACAGGAACCUGGACCUCUUCAAACUCUACAGACUGGUGCAGAAACGGGGAGGCUUCCAUGAUAUUGAGAGCGGGUCCGUAUGGAAGAAUGUCUACCAGGCUCUGGGAAUCCCUGUUCUCAACUCUGCCGCCGGCUACAACGUCAAAUGUGCUUACCGCAAGUACCUUUAUGGGUUUGAGGAGUACUGCACCUCCUGCGCCAUCACCUUCCGUAUGGACCUACCCCUGAAGCAGCCCAAGGCGGAGGGGGAGAGGGAGAGGGGGGAGGCAUGGGCUGGGGGAGCCACUACCGUCCCCCUUGUAGCCUCCUCCAGCUGUGGAGAGGAGCAGAACGUCUCUGAGAAACCCUCAGCUGGGUCAGAGACCAGCAGCACUCAGCCUAACAUCUACAAGGAGGAGAAGACUGAGCUGACCAGGAACAAACCUGAUACAGAACCUUUGAAGGCUGAGAGAGAAGAUGAUGAUGAUGACAAUGAGGAAGAAGAUGGAGAUCAUCACAAGCAUGAGUCUGAUGAUGAAGACGGGCCUUCGUUUGUUGGCCUCAGAGCGGAGGGAGUGAAGCUGGAGCCUUACGAUGAGGAGCAGGAGGAAGGGGAGGAGGAGGAGGACAUCUCUGGCUCUGGGGAUGAGAGCUGCAGUCAGGAGGGCGAUGGUGGUGAUGAGGAUCUGGGGGAGGAAGGGGAGGAGUUUGAGUGUUACCCCCCGGGGAUGAAGGUGCAGGUGAGGUAUGGGCGCGGUCGCAGCCUGAAGACGUACCAGGCCACUGUGAAAGAGGCUGACGUGGAGGGGGGAGAGGUGCUCUACCUGGUUCACUACUGUGGCUGGAACGUCAGAUAUGAUGAAUGGGUCAAAGCUGACAAGAUCGUACGUCCGGCCAAUAAGAAUGUUCAAAAGAUCAAGCAUCGCAAGAAAAUAAAGAACAAAGUGGAGAGAGAGCGCAACCGCCUGGAACGACUGAACGCGGACCUGGGGAGUCCGUCCCCCAACAGCCUACGUGUCCCCCGCCCCUCCUCCAAACUCCUCGGAUCUAUCUCAAGUCCCGGCUCCGCCCACGAGCGCCAUGUCUUCUCCAAGAUGGAGGAUGGCUCAGAUAGUUCAACAGAUGACAUUGAUCACCAGGAUGAGGAGGGUGAUUGUGAGGACGAAGAUGACCGUCCAGUGGGGCGCGGCGGUCUCAGAAAGGGGGGUCCCCCCGAACCACCUCACGCCUCAGACUGCUGGGAGGGUACCGCACCUACUGAUGUCCCCAAAACCCCAUCGGUCACAGGAAAUAGCCAAGAACCAAUCAACAAAGAUGCCCCGGAGGCGGUGAAACGGCGUAGCCAACCAGAGUUUGAGGCUGAGAUGGAGGGGCCGGGUAGCUCAGCCUCCAGGAAGAGGAAUUCAGAGGGAGCAACCGUGGAGUGGUCUGAAUGCACCCCUAAAGGACCCCCGUCCAAAACCAAGCUCCCCACCCGGAGCACCAGGAACACUGACUGGCUGCCGAGAGACUCCCCCAGGAAGGCAGAGGAGAGAGGAGUAGGAGGGCCAGGGGAGGAGAGAGGAGGAGGAGGAGGGGGGCCGGAGGAGGAGAGAGGAGGACCAGCAGGAGGAGGCUCUUCUAGUAGCAGCUCAGACGAUGAAGGAGGAGCACCACCUCCCUCUGAUACCAACCAAUCAGAGGAGGCCGACCGAGACAGAGACCGACCCAGUUCCUGUCCGAAACCCAAACCUUCCCCCUCCAAGAAGUACAACGGCAUGAAGGACAAGACCGUCAAAGGAGGCGGGGGUGGCAGUGGCGCCCGCCCUGCGGGAUUCUGGGAGAUCCCUGAGAAGAGGGCCAAGAUGGCUGCUACAGCGGAUGAGAGGGAGAGACAGGUGGGUGGGGGGCGCACCAAGGGCCAGAAGGAUGUGUGGUCCACUAUUCAGGCCCAGUGGCCCAAGAAGACCCUGAAGGAGCUGUUCUCUGACUCAGACACAGAGGCUGCUAACUCCCCUCCUCCCACUGGACCGGCCCAGUCCUCCUCAUCAGACCUGGAGGAGAGGGAGAGCAGGGAGGAGCGGGACGGGGAGGGAGACGAGGCAGGAGGAGGAGGAGGCCCGGAGAAGGAGGACCCCGAGACCACAGAGGAGAACCAGGAGAAGGAGAAGAGGAGAGAGCAGGAGGAGUUCCCCUCCAGCGGCUCUAACUCAGUCCUCAACACCCCUCCUACCACCCCAGAGUCCCCCUCCAUGGGGGGUAGUGGUAGUGGGGCCAUGGAGCAGGGCUCUGGGACUGGUUCAAACUGGACUCAGCCCUCCUCUCCUCCACCCUCCACAGGGGCCCCUGCCCUGGGUAAAACGCCCUCCUCUGACCCUUUGACUCCAGGACGUGCCAACCCCAUGCCGGAGGAAGGCGGUGGGGGUCGCAGUGACACGGUGGAGGUGGAGAGUCUGGGAGGGGAGCUGAAGGACCAGGACCUGCCCCCAGACCAGGAUCAACACCAUGAGUGGUCAGGGGCCUUCCUCCCAGACGACGGUCCAGGUAGCCUGUCCUCCAACUCUCCCUGCAGUCUGGAACUCAGUAGUAGCAGUCGGCAUGACAACACUGAACACAAAGCCAAAGUGUCUGCCAGUCACAAGCGUCAGAAGGAUCAGCAGGCAGGUGGAGCAGCAAAGAGACACAAGCCAAACAGAAAGAGCUCAGUGCCUCCCAAGAAGAACAACAACAGGAAACCUGCCCACAGCAGUGACAGUGAAGACCAGUUAUUGGGUGAGAGCAUGGCUGAGACCCAUGGUGCAGCAGACCUGAAGGGGUCCAUCUCCCCCAACUGUCUCGGACAGGGUGAGGGACGCACCCCUCCAUCCAGCCAGAAGUACCACAAGCAGCAGCAGCAUAGGGUCCCCCCCCACCCCCAUGGUAGAACACCAUCCGUCUACAAGUGGAGCUUCCAGAUGUCGGACCUGGAGAAGAUGUGUAGUCUGGAGAGGAUUUCCUUCCUCCAGGAGAAGCUGCAGGACAUCAGGAACCACUACCUGUCUCUCAAGUCUGAGGUGGCGUCCAUCGACAGACGACGUAAACGCAUCAAGAAGAAAGAGAGAGAGAGUACGGUGGCGGCCUCCUCCUCCUCCUCCUCCUCUUCCUCCCCGUCCUCCAGCUCUCUAACAGCAGCGGUGAUGUUGACGCUAGCCACUCCUGUGUCCUCCUCUUCCUCCUCUCAGAACUCUGUUGUGUCUGUUGAGUGUAGGUGACCCCCCCCUGAGGCCCAGGACACAGCACUGAGAACUUAACCA